AUGAAACUGCUGGCUGCAUUCGGCCUUUUGGCCAUCGCCCUCGCUGCGUCCUCCCGUCAAUGGGAAGAACGAUCGUUCAACAAGGGAAACACCUACGAGUUCGAGUGGAAGGGACAGAUCGUCUCGGGCGUGCCCGUGAAAGGAUCCUCGUCUCAUUCCCUUCAACAAAUCCACUCAAAAGUCUUCAUCACUGUCAACGAGAAACACUCGAUUCUCCGUCUCGACAAUGUCAAGCUUACCAAUGGCCACAAGCAGCUCACCGAGCCACGCAUCAUCUCUGAGGUGUCGCUCGAGGAGUCGCAAUUGACCUCCGAGCAACGCGAGCAGAUCAAGCUUCCAAUCCGCUUCCGUUACCACCAAGGAAUCAUCUCUGAGAUCGUCUUCUCGGAGGAGGAAUCCGCCUGGUCGGAGAACAUCAAGCGCUCCAUUCUCAACAUGCUCCAAGUUCAAAUGAGCCCACGCAAGACCCAAGAGGAGUACAACACGAAGACCGUCUCCAACAACAAGUUCUUCACCGUCACCGAGCGCACCCUCGAGGGUGAGUGCGAGGUCGCCUACACAAUCGUCGAAUCGGAGAAGAACCGCGAGGAGAAAGAGAUCACCAAGUCGCUCAACUUCGAGAAAUGCCCCAAGCGUAUUGAUAUCCGCUAUGGACCCCGUUACUCCGCUGAGUGCUCCAUGUGUGAGGCCACCGAUGCUCGCCCUGAAUCUCAAACUGUCAUCAGCUACAAGGUUCGCGGAGAGGAUGAGGAGCGUUUCCUUAUCACCGAGGUCGAGCUCAAGUCCGAGUACGUCUUCUCCCCCUUCUCGAAGGAUCAAGAGAUGCUCGCCACCUACGUCCACCAAAAGAUGCGCCUUGUCAACAUCAAGUCGGCUGAGCGUGUUGAGGAGCCCCGCAACGGAAAGAAGUCUUCCCUUCUCUACAACUACGAGAUGGAAUUGGCCCGUGAGAAGUUCUGGAUGAACGGAGACGAGCAAUCCUACACACUCACCGGAUUCGCCGGAGUCCCCAAGAAGGAGCUCAUGGACAAGUACAUCCGCCUCACCCUUGCCUCGAUGGAGGAGUCCGAGAAAGACGGAGUCACCCUUGAGACAAACCACAACUUUGCCCGCAUCGUCGAGGUCUUCCGCAUGUGCACUGAGCGUGAGGGAGUUCUCUCUGGAUACGUCUACGAGCACGUCCGCAUCGUCCCAACCACCCUUGGACUCCCACUCCAGGUCACCUCCAAGCUCCCAACCGUCGCCCACAUCAAGGCCCACAUCAAGGCUGAGAUCUCCCCGAAGAUGUCUCUCCGUGUCGAGAUGGAGCCCUCGUUCGUCUCCACCCAUGUCACCGAAAUGACCGUCUUCUCCCCCGAGAUGGACAUCGGAUCCCGUGUCUUCCACUCGAUCCAAUCAACUCUUCCAAUCCACGGACAAGUCGAGUACAACGAUGAGAAACAACAACUCAAGGCUGUCCUCCGUCUUCCCAAGGAGGAGAAACGUGUUCUCCUCGUCGAGUCUCGCCCAACCACUUUCGUCCGCUCAUUCAACAACAAGCAAGUGCCAGUUCUUGAGGAGAAGACCAUCCGUAUUCCAUCGUUCGAGAAGACCUCUGUCCACUACGAGAAAUCCUACGGAGAGGAGCACUUCGGUCUCCGCACUGAGGUCAUCGGAUCCGUCCACCGCCACGCCUUCGACAGGAAGAUCAUCUUCGGAGAGAACCACGUCCAGAUUGUCCUUGUCCCCACCGCCGAGUCCGUGAAGGAGAUCGUCCUCGAGGUUGAGCCCAAGUACACCAAGAUGGCCUCAUCCGAGUACGAGUCACCCCGCUACGAUGAGAUCUUCACUGAGAAGGAGUUCGAGAAGGAAAUCGAGUGCGAGUUGAAGCAAGAGAAGAUCGUCUGCAAGGUUGAUGGACGCCGUGUCGAGGACGAGGAGGCUCUCUACGAUAUGGGAAUCAAGCUUAUCGGAGAAUCAUCAUGCGAGAUCACCAUCCCAAAGAUGACCAUCCGUUUCGAUGGAUACAAGGUCGAGAUCAAGGCUGACAAGCGCACUGAGAACACCCAAUGCGGACUUUGCGGACAUUUCGAUGGACGCCGCGACAACGAGUUCCGCCGUGCCGACAACGAGGAGACUGAGGAUAUCGAGGAAUUCCACCGCUCGUGGCUUCGCCGUGACAACGAAUGCGAGGUCGAGGAGUCGAAAUUGAAGGAGAAGAAGAACUACGGAGUUGAGUCUGAUGAGGAGGAACGCUACGAUUCCGAGGAAUCUUUCUGGAAUCCCCGUGAAGAUUUCGAGGAGGAGAACAUGGGAGAGAAGCGAUCACGCAAAAUGCUCAAGAAGAACCUCAAGAAGCACAUCAGCCGCAAGAACAUCCGCAACGAGGAGGAGAACACCUACGAGCCCGAAAACGAGAUCGUGAUGGUUGAGCGUGAGGGAAAGACCUGCUUCUCGAUGGAGGAACAACCCAAAUGCCAGCCAGGAGAUGAGCUCAUUGAGACCGAGAACCGCAAGGUGAAAUUGGCUUGCCUUCCACGCUCGGAUCGCCGCACUCGUCGCAUUGUGAACGGCCUUAAGCGUGGAGAGGAGUCGAUCAUGGAGGAGAUCCGUUCCCUUCCAAUGUCUCUCACCGAUCGCAUCGAGUUGCCCAAACUUUGCCGUGUCUAC